GUGAGAACAAGGUCUGAAAGCCCCGUUAAGCUGCUUUACAGUCCACAGAAUUAUGCGAAGAGAAGGAAGUGCAGACGAGAAAAGUUCCCUAACAAACAAGUUAGAAAACGAGACAAAGACCAUAAUUCUCUCAAACAGGUGUGAUCAGACUUGAUACACGAUGGCUCAAGGCUGCCUCAAGUGUUUAAAGAUCACCAUGUGUAUCGCCAACUUCCUCUGUUUUAUGUGUGGUGCAGCAGUGUUGGGUUUCGGUGUGUACUUGAUGGUGCAGUUCCCGUUUGCCGCGCUCACUCCGACCCUGGCUCAAUUCAGUAUAGCCAGAAUGCUGCUGAUCAGCGGCAUCAUCAUCUCCUGCGUCUCCUUCCUGGGCUUCCUGGGCGCUCUGAAGGAGAACCGCUGUCUCCUCCUGACGUUUUUCCUCCUGCUGUUCCUCCUGAUGCUGGUGGAGCUGGCCGCUGCAUGCCUGCUGCUCAUGCAUGAGAAACUGAUUGGUCAAUGGUUGGAAAAGGAUCUCACAGACGGUUUGAAAGAAGCAAAAGGAACAUCUUCAAAUUCAACGCAGCUGCGGAGUGACUGGGAUCUGCUUCAGAAUACGCUCCAUUGCUGUGGAGUCAGAAAUGCAACAGACUGGGAACCCAACGUGCCUGAUUCUUGUAAACCCGAGAAGACAAAGACUGUGUACAAAGCGGGUUGUUUGGUAAAACUGCAGGAUUUUUUUGAGGAAAAUUUCGUCACCACUGGGAUUUCUGUCAUUGUCCUCUGCAUUAUCGAGGUGUUGGGAAUGUGUUUUGCCAUGACGCUCUUUUGCCAUAUCAGCAGAUCUGGACUGGGCUACAAGUUAUAAUCCCCAAUUCCUCUUAAUAUCGUUUUGUCCAUAUUUCAAUUUGAGGAGUGGGAAGUGAAACUUUUUCUCUAGCAUGUUUUUAAGCUUUGUAAAGAUUGUAAUCCUGUAUUUACAUUAACUUUCUUCUAUGAACCUUUCACUGACAAUCUUUGUAAUAAUGAGUUCUACCAAUAAAGUAUUGUUUAGUGGUGUGAUAAUGGUAUCCUCCAUUUUAACUUAGUGCACACUGUCAGAUGAUCAGCAUUUCCUGUCUUGCUUGCAGCUCACUGAAAUGUGGUGGAGCCAGAAAUGUAACCACUUCCUCUUUUGACCGUGUUCAACCAUCAGUUGUUUCCUCUAAAAACGAACACUUGUGUGAUAAUCUUUUAGACACAGUGAGCCACAUCUACAUCUACUUAACUCUCUAAAUACAUAGUAAUUCUUCCAAUGGUCGAGGAACUCCAAAUCAAAAAGGUGUACAGUAUAUAUUUAAGAUGUUUCUUGCCUCUGACUUCUCUAUUGACAACUCUGUUUAUAGCCCAUUUCAUUUCUAUUUUUACUUUGAAUUAUAUGCAGUAUUUCACAUUGUAUAGAUGACACUGUCUGUUUCCUAUAUGUAUUU